ACUCUCCAAAGGCUUUGAUGCACGCCGCCAUUGACUGGUAUGCUAGCUUACCGCUAGAGAAGUGGCGAGAGAGGGUGCGGGUGUGUAUAUGUCGAUAGGAGACUCAGGGAAGCGAUGUCCCGCGUCCUAAGCUCCGGAGACGUUCCGGGAAGAUGAAUCUGGUUGUCUUGUUGUUGUGUAUGUUAGUGGCAUCGCGUGGAAUGACACAAAACACUGGAAUUCUGGAGAUAGUACUGUUCAAUUCUGUGGAAAAUGGCGAUUACAAGACGAGAUCGUACCGACUGAAUGGAGAAUUCUCAGCUGCAGGUGCCCGAGUCAGCGCUGAAGGACAGCUGAUGCAGCUGCACCCUUUGGGCCUAUGUAAUACGCAGAUCUACGAUGACGUGUACGACUUCGGCUGGGUGGGCGUGGUCAAACUGGAGGAGCAUGAGCCAAUCAAAUGUCUCUCUGUUGUGGGCAAGGCGCGGCGGGCCAUACAGCGUGGAGCUACAGCUGUCAUCUUCGACGUCUCCGACAGCCCCGAUGCUGCUGCUGAGCUUGAGAGUGUGGUGGAGCCACUUCAUCGGCCGGUCAUCAUCAUCCGUGGGCGUGAAGCUGCGAAGCUGAUGAACAUUGUGAACACACAGGAUCAGGCCCAGCUGCGUCUCAUCUACAGUCCAGCAGACAAGGAGGAAAGAGGCGUGGAGAUCAGCCGGAAGGACUAUUUCAACAUGGGCAUCUUUGUUGCUGUGUUUGUCAUCUUCUCCCUCAUCUGUGUCUGUGUCAUCCUCAAGGUGAGAUGGAGAAACCGGGAACGUCAGCUGUCCAUGACAAACCUUGCCAAACGAGCUAUUGCCAAGCUAGAGACGAGGAAGUACAUCCCAAAGACGACCAAACACAAACACGUGCACACACCAGACUCUGACUCCAGCCUGCAGAGCUCUGCCUCGGAGAGUUGUGCCAUCUGUCUUGAAGGAUACCAGGAGGAACAGGUUCUGCGAGUGUUGCCAUGCAACCAUGACUUCCACCGAAUAUGUGUCGACCCCUGGCUCCUCAACAAGGGCACCUGUCCCCUGUGCAAGGUCAACAUCACAGCACAAGUCGAACUUCCUCCAAGUGAAGUAUCGGGUAACCAUGACAACAACACACAGAAUACUGGGUAUUCCAUCGUCUCACCAAGCGGUCAGAGAAGCAACUACAUGCCCCUUCAGUAUCCCCCCCGAGACCUACCCCCGGCGCCAGUUCACGUCAUUCCCAACCAUCAUCCCCUACUACAGACCACCUGCCCCUCGUGUGAGGGAACAGUCGGGUCGUCCCAGUCAUCCACCGACUCCUACCUGCAGCAAGGUUUUAACACUCACACGGAACACUACUACCAAAAUAUAGAUUGUAUUCACAGUAUUCCAGAGAGGAAAAUGGUGGUUGGAUCAUACAGACGUUCGGUCGGGCCGUAUUUUCCAUCCCGAAUGUCCACCACCCAUGUAAUGUCGCCAUCUUGCCAAGGUCAGUGUGGGUAUUCUCACCGGGCUGGUCCUCGUCGACCUUUAAUUUUGCCAGUGCCACAUAGUGUGCGGCGUGCAUGUGAAAGUGAGGCUGAACGUGAAGCUGUACGAGCUGCGAGUAUUGUGGCGGUGCGGGGCAGCAGUAGCUCGGACCCUAACCCGAGCGACACAAGUCUUGAAUGUGAUUGUUGUAAGCAGUCAGCUGGGUCGACUAUGUUUGACAGCAACAGAAGCACGUACGGUAGUUCGGACAAUAAGGACUCAAGUGAUGUGAGCAGUUACGAUUCAUACUUCUACCGAGACCACAGUCCCCAAAGCAGUGGGGAUGAGAAACAUCAUCUGCCAAAUGAGACAAAGUUACCUUCUGUCCAUGUCCGACCAUCGUGUGGACUAGGUCGUGGGAGACGGGAAUCAGAUCAUCGGGAAGCUGCUCAGAGUCAUACGUGUCGGUCACGUGACAAAAACAACCUUGACAUUGUGAAACGAGAAAAAUGUGCUCAGGAACGUGUGUGUGAUAUGUGGCGGAAAGUUCACAACUCUGCUCCAUGUAAUCACAAAAAGUCGGACACUAGUCAUAUUCUCGUCAACACUCGGCCACAAGGGGGCGCUGGAGCAGCGCCCUCUGUCUGUCGAAGACAUAAAUCAUCUGUGAUAUCUAUGCAGAGAAGUCGAACCUUCUCAUCAUCUCGGGAUUUUCAGUCAGGGGUCAAGGUUGGUUCGACCCUUGACCCUCAAGUGUGUAUACGACAACAUCGUGUUAGUGCUCCAUCCCAAACGUUUAGAGAUAGUGCAAUUACAUCCUCCUAUACUCGCACACACAGUGGUGGGAUGCACUACUCCGCUACACGCCGCUAUUCUCUGUGUCUCGACUGCAAGGGAGGUCACCAGGGUCAUGUAGCUUUCCGUUCUAGGAAUUCUCAUGCAUUUAGCCAGUGGAAUAGCAGCGGGUCACAUGGUGCUAGGAGUCGACCCAAUCAGUUAACAGUGUGUUCCAGCAGUAUACGGGCCGAGCGAGGUUACUCAAGACUGGUGCGACCGAUGCCAUAUCGGCCUGUGGUCUGUGAGAUGUGUCGCCGACUCACCCAUGUGCCAGUGCCUCGACGGUCCGUGGUGCUGUACACAGAGCCACAAGGUGCUUUCAUCACAAUCCCUCUCGGCGAGAAAGAAAAGUACGACCCUGAGAAUGGCGUGUAGAACAGUGGACACUCAUUACAUGUUACAGGGAAUUGUUGUUAUUGUUUAUGUUUGUUACCAUGGUUACCUCAUUACCUCAGUCACAUGGUCAGUGUCAGCACUGCCCCCUAUGCAGUGAUUGGAUCAUUUUUUGGUGUAUUUUACGAGAUCGCAUUUACUAGGUCACAGGGCUCAGAAUUGUUAUUGAGAAAACAGAUAAACAGAAGCAUGAUGUUACAUUUGUCUGUGCAAAUUUGUCUGUGAAAUGUAAUGGCUUUGGGGUUUGUGAAAGUUCUGAUGUUUUUCUCUCAAUUUAUGACAGUGUAUGAUAUUGGAUUUGCGAACUUGCAAAGUUGCAACGUUCUCUUGCUAUGUGAAGGGCCAUUAAUCUGAACUACAGGUCAGACCAUUUGCUUUUCUAUGUGGGGUGUGUUACCAGACUGGGAUAUUUUCACAAAUAAAUGCGUUCCUGAUAAUAAUGGACAAAAAUAAUGUGGCAUCAGGUUUUACAAAAAAUGUUUGAAUGUACUGAAAAAAUAAUUGUGUUAAAGAUAAAAAAAAUUUAAUCUGUUCUGGACCAAGAAAGUGUAUGUUUCGAAGCAACGAAAUUCCAGGCACCUCUGCCCGUACUCCCAGAAUACUGAAUGGUCAGCCCCUACACAACCUCACAUAAACAAAUAGUGGAUGCGAUAUCAGCUAUAUUGUUACAUGUGGGCCUUCCUGAGAUUUGUGAGACAUCACUUCAAGCAGGAUUACAUUGAUUGGAUAAAGAACGACACAACCUUUCCCCAUGUCUUGUCCUAAUCACCAAUGUUGCUGUUGUGUUCACCUUGAUGUCAUUGUAUUUCCCCAGACAAGGCUUUGACCUGUGCAUUUAUGUGAUAUAUUAAUCAAAUUUGUGAUUAGCAGAUGAAUUGUUAUUGACGGAGCAGAAGCACUUGUUUUUGUUGUGAAUGAGAAGUAUAUGGUUUCCAAGGUGAUGCUUUUAAAGAACAUAAAUCUUAGUCCUAAUUACAAUUUUCAGUUUGAAAAAACUGCGGAAUAGGACUUGACGAGAAAAUCAAAUGUUGAACUAGUCUACCUUGACUUAGUUAAACAGAUGAUGUCUCAUUCCUUCUUGACAAUAUGGCUUGUUCCAAAAUGUUAGUUCUUAGGAAAUGUUAUUAAAAAACACACAAAUACAUUCUACCUCACUAAUGAUAAAUAUUUGAAUGAAAUUAUAUGAUUAAUUUAAAAUGGGCGAGGAUACAUCAGUACAAUUAUUCUCGUUUUGAAUCUCAACUUCAUUCUUCAGUGAACGUUAAGCAUUAGGGAAUAGCAGAGUGGCUAAUGUGAUUAUUAAAUUGAGAGCUAGGAAGCCUUGAAGACUUGGAUCUUCCUUGAAAUAUAUUUAGUGCACUUCGGCCAAUUCAAGGUAAUUAAAGUCCUGGUUCAUAGAUCUGAAAUAUUUUUAUUACCUUUUUCUGAACAGCCAGAUAAGGGAUUUGCUUUGAGAUGAUGUCUUUGAAUGUUGAGUAUUCAGGAAUACAUGUGGAUUUGUAAUGGGAGCGAAGCUACAGUGUAGUGUUGUGUAUCUUGUGUUACCAAGGCCACACAGUGUCUGACCGGGUGAGAGACAAACCAAGCAUUGAAUAUACACUAAGUAGAUGCACUGAUGAACUGUAGACACCAGGGAUCUGACAGUUACUCAAACACAAGGUCAGGUUUAAAGGAUAUUGGUACCUGACCAGGGGAGAUAACUCCCAUCUUCACUUCUCGUAGCACCCUUGUUUGCAGACCUAGAAGAGAAAUGGUAGUAUAUGGAUGCAUUUUGAUUUAUUUGUUUAUAAGGAAAAAUAAUAAUUGAUUCUCUCGCUUAAUAUGGUCCAAAUCAGGAACUCAGGUACAGGUUAGGAUUUGAGAAACUUAUGUCUGUCUACAGUCAAUCUCAUUAUAAUCAGAUCUUAGAUCUAGCUAUCGCUAAACAAAGAUCUGAGGACAUCCCAUUACGGGUCACGUCAGAACUACCUUUCAUCCGACCAAUCAAAGCGUCGCGUACCAGAUCAUGAAAGAGACAUUUUCUAAUCAUGCAACCUCGAAAACAUUAACACAGGGUAUUCCAAACGACAGAUACGGCCCGUACAACUGAUUGCGUCAAAAUAUCGUCUAUCUCUUGGUUCUGUGGGAACAACAUUUGAAUGGAGGAUGCGUUGCACAGUACGUAUGAAGCACUGCCAUACACUCUCAACCAUAUAUUAGACAUUAAGGAAUGUUCGUUUGUUCAGUUUUCAAAAUAUUAAUCGAGAACUGUGUCAAUAUGUUUUUCAAGCGUAGACAGAAAUGGAAUUCGCUUGGUUGAAACGAGUGCCGUCAAGCUCGAGAAAGCUGCUUUCUAAUUGGCUGAUGUCGACUUGGCUAAUGUCAUUUCUGUCGUCGGUCAAAGUUCCUGAAAGGUCGUCAUGACGUGACCCGUAAUGGGAUGUCCUCAUAUCUUUGUUUAGCGGCAGCGAGAACAUAGAUCUGAUUUUAAUGAGAUUGGUCUACAGUGAUGUGGACAACCACACAAAAUAACUGUAGCUGUCUUAAUUCGAUCUUAAAAAGACGAAUGGGAAUCUCUUACUGGACAGGCAAGGGUGGCCCAGUUGUCUCAUGCCACAAUUCGUUGUGCAGAAUUGUGUCCCAUGGGCACACCAGAAUCCUAUGAUCAUGGGUUCGAAAUCCCGGUUCAUGUCGAUUAUGUUUCUAGGUUUUGUCUGCACCAUACCCAUGCUAAUGUGUUUCACCAAAGUGGUAAACAUAUUAGGCCUGCAUUACUUGGGGCAUUCCUACCACAGCUGACAUGCAUUGAUAUAUAACUGGAAUACUGUUAAAAGCAGCAUUAAACCCAACUCACACACUGUAAGACAAAGAUUACCAAAAAUUAAAACCCUAGUCUAACAAGAUGUCCCGACAUUAAAUACAUGACUCUCACUGUAGCUCUGCUCCCUCUCAGCAUGACAGAUAUGGACUAAAAUGCCAGUCAGGGCUGGUGGUGUUCAACACUCUGCCCAAACUCUGUAUAUUCUUGAUCUUGGUUCGAUGUACCUCCUAUCUGUGCCAGUCUUGCCGACACGCCAGUCACUAUUGGGCAUUUUGAGAUGGUAUUUAACAUGUUGAAGGGGUGCUCAUAUUAGGUUUUAUGAUUUCAUAGAAAACAUUGAUGGUCAUGUAGCCCAGAGGUAUAGUUGGUUUUGUCAUGCCAAAGGUCCGGGUUCAAUGCCUCACAUGUGUAUAACGUCUGAAGCCCAUUUCUUGUGUCACUACUGGGAUAUUGCUAAAAGUGGCAUCCCUCUUACUCACUAGGGGGGGGCAUGGGUGGCCCAGUCGUCUAAGGCGCCACGAUUUGCUGUGCAGAGUUACGU